AUGACGUCCGAUUUUGCGAGUCCGAUGAAGAAAUUCAAGCUCGUUUUUCUUGGAGAACAAAGCGUUGGAAAAACGUCGAUUAUCACGAGAUUUAUGUAUGAUUCAUUCGAUAACACCUAUCAAGCAACGAUCGGAAUCGAUUUCCUCAGUAAAACAAUGUAUUUGGAGGAUCGGACAAUUCGCUUACAAUUAUGGGAUACUGCCGGCCAGGAGCGUUUUCGCUCCCUCAUCCCGUCGUAUAUUCGAGACUCGAGCGUCGCGAUUGUGGUCUAUGACAUUACUAAUGCCAAUUCGUUCCACCAAACCACCAAAUGGGUGGAUGAUGUUCGCACUGAACGCGGAAAUGAUGUUAUCAUUGUGCUCGUUGGCAACAAGACGGAUUUGGCCGACAAACGGCAGGUCACCACUGAAGACGGCGAGCAAAAAGCUCGCGAUCUCAAUGUGAUGUUCAUCGAGACAUCGGCAAAAGCUGGCUACAAUGUCAAACAGCUUUUCCGCAAAAUCGCCACCGCUCUUCCGGGAAUGGUCAAAGAAGAGGCGGCCGAGACGCAGAAUAUUGUGAUCACGGGACCGCCAAAAAUCGCCGUCGAGUCUCAAGGCUACCAGUGCCCAUGUUAA